CCCUUGGCGCCCGGCUCCCCAUCUCAGCCUCUCCGCGGCGUGCCACACACACCCCUACCUCGCCCGCCCGCCCGCCCCUCUUCACCACCGCCAGGCCGCCGAGCAGCGCCCCGCAGUAACCAUGUCAGCAACCGUCAUGCUCAAUCCUUCCGGCCAAUUCCAUCGGAAACCCGUCCACGGCGUCGGCGCUCAAUCCUCCUACUCCGAUCUCCAUCACCCCCAACAACAACCACAUCCCUCGCAAUACUCCGACCCUCGACCUCGUCAGUCCUCCAACAGCCCCAAUCCCCCAAUCUCACACCACGCGCCGCCCCAGCCCGCCCAACAAUACCCCUAUGCCCCGCGCCUCUCCACCUCCACCUCCUCGACCAUGAACUCCUCCGGCAUCCAGCGCAUCCCCACCAACUCCUCCGCCUCCCUCCCCCGCCGCUCCACCUCCUCCCGCUCCACCGGCACCACCGCCUCCGCCACCUCCUACGUCGCCCUCAUGCGCAAGCAAAAAGCCACCGUCUGGUGCGACCGCGCACAACACGAAGACCCCUCCGUCCUCAACAAGAAGCGCCACGACAAGCAGCGCGCCGCCAUGGAGGUCGCCGGCGGCCGCCACCAUACCAGUCGCAUCAGCACCAGCAGCAGCAAUCCCAGCGGCGCCAGCAGCGGUGGUCUGCGAGGCAAGAUCCGUCACCCCGGGGCUCCCAAGGCUCAUGCCUAUCUGGGCGGAGCGAACAUGAGUGGUGCCGGCGUGCCGAUUCGGCUGAGCGCGACGGAGAUGGAGGGCGAUAGCAGCGAUGAAGAUCUCGACUCCAAGUACGGGCGGCCUCCGCACCAGCGUAGCGGAAGUGGACGCUCCAGCAAUGGCAGCGGAGCCCGCACAAACAGUCAUUUGGGUUCGAACGCAGAUCUGCAUCCCAAUGGACUGGGCUAUGUCGCAGACGACCAGACGCCUGUACCUACGCACGCGAACCUGAACAAGAGCGACUACUUCGAUGGGCGGGGAGAGGAGGAUGGCGGGACGGAGGCGUCGGAGCAGGACUUUGGCGGGAUUGCGGGCUUGCCGCCGUCGAAGCCGCGGGCGGAGCAGGAUUUCAAGAGCGCGGAGGACUUGAAGCGGAGAGGGAGCGUGGAUGAUCGGGCUAUGACAAUGAGUGGGCAGCGGUUGUUCGUCGCCAACCCGGAUUUGAGUGAUUGAGUGGAGGCGAUAAUCUGGAUACACGAUGAUGAGGAGAUGGAUGGACGAGAGACAGUAAGAUACCAACCUAUGCCUAACGCCUUUUUGACCUUUGUUUCUGCUCGAUUUACUUUACUCAGUUCGUUUCGUUUCCUUCCACUCGUUCAUGUGCAGUUGUUUUCAAGGUUCGGGGAGCAUAUGCAUCGAUGCACGACGGGGUGGCUGGUCUGGGUCCGGAAGAGGAAGGAGCGAUGACCACGCGCUUCCCACGCGUACCUUCCCGAUGCACGCAAUGACGAGGGUUACCUGAAGCUUCAUCUCAACACUGGUGCCUUGCAGCUGAACCUCCCUCCUCAAGCGGCCUGACCACGCUCAGCGCAUCUCAUCACUCGCACCUCGCUGCCGAAACAUUUGUCUAAGAUGGGCUGUAAACGUGAACUCUCUCCCUCUCCGGGAGUCGAGGACCUGUAAGUGCAAGAUGAGGGCUACGUUCUACCGGCA